UGCCAUGUGGACCCAGCUGGACUCCACCCCCUACUAAACGAAUUAAAAAAAUUAAACAGUUAAUUUUACCUGAUAGAAACUAUUUCUUUUUAACAAACAUGACUUAUCUUGAGCUGGUCUCCAUUUGUAAUGGUAAAAAUCCGUUUAUGACAUCUGUUCUCCAUACUCAUACGUUUUUCUCUUCUUCUUCUUCUUCUUUUCCUUUCUUCCCCUCCCCCCUAUACCUUCUGAAGAUGGCUGCUAGAGGCUGAAACAUUAAAUUGUUGCACUUGAUGGACCUUGAUAUGUGUUGAUGUACAAAGUGGCACAGUUCAGUAUUUGGUGAAGUAAAGUUUGCUGGUAGAGCUGACAGCCAGCAUGAUAUAGAUUUUUGUGGAUGAUUUAUGUGACUGUGUAUGUGCUCCAGUGAUGGCAUCAGAUUUUGGUCCCUGUUCUGUAAGAAUGGCGUGCAAGAUCCAUGACUUCUAUCUCAUGCUCUUCUUGAUGGCUGUGCUGUACACUAGCGCCUGUGCUGAGGAAGGAACAGAGGAUGAAACCGUUUCUGUUGACAGGAAUUCACUCUCAUCAAUCAGGUUGCCAAAUGACAUGUCCCUGCCUGCAAACAUGCUCCAGCUUGUGACAGCAGCUGGGGCUUUAGUACUCGGAUUUAUCGGCGUUGCUGUAGUUCUCUCCUUAAUUCUGCCAUUGUUUGGAGUCCGGUUUUGUAACCUCGUGGGCACCUGCGAGCAUUUCACUACAACAGCUUACUCAGGCACUGGAAUGGGCCAUAACUAUGAUGCAUACAGCACAGCAGGAACGUACAACCAGCCUUCUCUUUCCUAUGCUACCAACAACUUUCAGAAGCGGUCCUUGGAAUAUGUGGGCCCAAUAUUGAAGGCACUGAGCGCAGCUUAUGACAAAUAUGCUGUGCCCCUUAUCAAGAAAAAGGAAUAAACACGAAAAUAAUAUACACUGCAAAUAAUAACAACAAAAUUUUGUGUAGCGUUUAAGUGUUACAAUGAAGCUCUCUUGUGGUGUAUAAUAUGGUAUUACUAUCUGGCUUGAAUGUUUCAUAUAAAUACACUAAUGGGUAUCAUUAAUCACCUUCAUUUUAAUAUUGCAUAUCGUCUGUCCAGCAUUAAAGAAAGAUUAUUUGUCUUAUGGUCUGUCACAGGAGGUACCCACGUUUAGCUAUAUUUUCCAUUUAUGUUUUUGCGUCAUGAUUAUGGUUGUCUGGGAUGUAGUGCCAUGUAGUUCAGUAGAUGAGUACCAACAUUUUGAAAGAACCUCCAAUCUCUCUAUCUUCAGAGUACCCAAUUGACCAUGAUCGUGGCAUUUACCAUUGUGAGAAGCUAAAAUUUCACAUAUUUUCUGCCACAUUGUAGAGUAUUGUGCAUCUCGUAUGAAAAAGUAAUCACCAUUGUUAAUAGUAUAAAAGAUUAUUAACGCUGUCCAGUGUGAUUGAUAAAUUUUAUGCUUCUUUUUUAAUAUUU